UGACAUGAAUAACAGUGUAUGUUCUACAGUUCGAUAGAGAACUGCUAUAUUUACGUGCAUCAGCUGUGGAAUGACAGGUGGAAUAAAAAAUGGCUGAAAAUGGGUUGGGGUCGGAUGCUGGGUCUCAAGAAUAUCUUGCAACAGAGAUUAUUAAUUUAGAUAUUGAAGAGUUGGACAAUACAGAAUAUGCUAUACCUGCUGUGGAGGAAUUACCUUCAUUAGAAAGUAUAUUAACAGAACCUGACUGUGCUUCAUUAUCUGGAACAGACAAUGACUUUGGUUUAACACCAGGUGAAAAAUUAGGUAGUAGCGAAACAACGAGCGUCGGAAGUCACUUAUCGUUAAAUUCUUUAAAUAAAUCGAACAAAACUUCGCAAUCAUCAUCUUCUGGGACUAUUUUAAGACAUGUCAUAUUAAAAGGAAUAUCAUCACAAAUUGUGUCCGCUAGCGAAAAGGUGAAUGCUGGCUUAGCGAGUGCAGUUGCAGCUGGAGGGAAUAUGCUAGUAGUUGGAACUAGUCAUGGACUGAUAUUAGGCUUUGAUUCGUCGCAAACGUUACGAUGGUGUGAUCAAGAAGCAAGACAUCAGGGAUCAGUGUCUGCUUUAUGUUUUAAUUACGAUGGAAGUAGAGUUCUAGCAGGUUUUGCUAGAGGUCACAUAUUAAUGAUAGAUAGCUCUAAUGGAAAAGUAUUAAGAACACUUACCGAUGUUCAUCCGCUUGAUACAGCCGUAUUACACGUUAAAUUUACAGAUUCACCUAAGGUAGCAUUAUGCAGCGACAGCGGUGGAUCGGUUUUUGAAUUAAUCUUUACGAGAGUUAUGGGAGUACGAGGUUGUGAUAGUAGAUGUUUAUUUAGUGGAUCCAGAGGUGAAGUGUGUACAUUGGAACCUUUGUUAUUAAAUCAUCUGCCGUCGCAUCCCUUGAAAAAUUAUACAUUAGUAGCAAUGGCAACAUUAUCAAAGGUAAUAGUAGUUUGCAUAAGGCCACGAAUGCGUGUUGUGUUAACUCAUCCUUUAUCUGGUGCUCCUAUAGCACCACCACAAUUAUCUUGGCAACUUGUUGUCAUACAAGCAGCAGAUGCUUCUCGUGUAAUUGAUCCAGUUUUGGCUCUUGCAAGAGACGACGUAGUUCACUUUUAUCAAGUAUGUACCGAAGCUGGUUCAAGAGUGAAAUUAUUUCCCUUAAGAAGAAUGACUUUUCCAUACACGAUAAGUAAUUUACGAUGGUUGAAUCCAAGAUCUUUAGCAGUAUUGGAUACCCAAGAAAGAUUACAUUUAGUUGAUGUAAGAGCGCAGGAUAAUCUGGAAACUUUAGAUAUGAGUCGUGUUCGUAUUUCGUAUGCAUCCAGCCAUUUUAAAGGUUUAUCUACCGGUGGAAACGUUUCAAAGGCAAUGGCAUUGGCUGGUGAACGAGCAUGUUAUAAUACCGUGGUAACAUUUGGUACCCAACUAUUAUUAUUAGGUACCAAAAGUCUACAUGUAGUUUGUAUCCGAACGUGGACAGAACGAUUGAGACACUUAACGAUACAGAGAAGAUUUCCAGAAGCUUUAGCAUUGGGACUCUCUUUUUAUCAAGACAAAGGGAAAGCAGUUGUCGGUCUUCGUGGUUCGAAACAACGUCGUAAACAAAUAGCUCGUGAUAAAGUGUGUCAGGUUUUAAUUCAGUACAUGGAAGAAUUGAAUCAUUGCUGUUCAGAUGAAACUUCAGAGUUCGAAAUAGUCACCACUUGUGUGGAUUAUUGUAUACAACUAGAAAAUACUGAUUUAUUGUUUGGAAAGUUAUGGGAUUUAGUCUCGGAAUCCGAAGGAUUAAAGGCGAGUUAUUUACACGCUCUCGAAAGUCCAUUAUUAGACGGAAGUUUGCGUCCUCGGUUACCACCAUUGAUUGCUCAACAAUUAGUUACUCUUUAUGAUCAAGAGGAAAAAAUAGACUCGCUUCAAGCAAUUAUAGUGUUAUUAGACGUUGAUUGUUUAGAUAUUCAUCAAGUAACAACAGUUUGCCGUCAGCGGUGCCUUUGGGAAGCUCUAAUACAUCUUCAAACGACGGCGUUAGGCGAUUUCACUGCUCCUAUCCAUCAAUUAGUGCCGAUUUUACACAAUUUAUUAACAAAUUCGAAAGAUGGACUAACUCGAGACAGUAUACAACUUGGUAAUGCACUUCUAGUAUAUGCUAGCUGCUGUCUUGCCGGUCGUGGUUUUCCCAGAGACGAACUUCCUGAAGGCAUGUCUCAAAGAGCGAAAACAGACGUGUUGAGAGCUUUACUUUCACAACACUCUAGCUUAGCUAAUGACACAGAGAGGCAGUAUCCGUACCUAAGAACUUUACUUCAAUUUGAUGCAAAAGGAUUCCUUGAUGUGAUUGCGAUUGCCUUCCAAGAACCAGAAUUUACAUCUGAAAUGGGUCUUAGACAACGGCAAAGGCUUAUAGAUAUAUUAUUAAAUAUUGUUAUGCCUAGUACACCGUUAAGCCCAAGGAAUCCUGAUUACAUCAACGACGAACAUAGAAAUCUAGUUCUUAUAUUCAUAGCUAAUGAAGUCGCAGAGAAUACUGUUAAUUUAGAGCCUAGUAUGUUAAAUAAAAUGAUAGAAAUAUUAUGUACUGAUUCAAGCAUGGGAUCUUCGAAAGAACUUAACGCUGAUAAAGAAGACGCAAUAUUGGGAUUGUUGCGUUCAAAGAAAAUACGCAAUAUAUCAGAUAAUACUUUACUUAAUUUGGCAGAAAGAGCUAACUUUACACGAGUUGCGGAGUUACUGUACAGUGCGAGGGAAGAUUGGAUUUCAGUUUGCAAAUGCAUGAUAUCGCAUUCAUCCAGACAUCAUGACAUUUGGGUCUGGUUAAAGAAUCUUCCCGCGAACUCAUUGCAAUCAGUUAUAAUGGCCAAUGUGGAAGCUCUUGUAGGGAUCAAUGCGAGUCAAUUUGCUAUUCUUAUAGCAACGCAUAUGCCAAACAGAGUCGACGAGAUAUUAGAAAAGUUGGAAAGUAUUCCAAACUUGCAAUAUGCUCUGCUAGAAGCUUUAUAUCAAAUAGUACAAUACAAAGAAGAGGAUAUCACGUUUGAACUGAAAACUGAAUUAUUUGAGAAAUAUUUAGAACUAAUGUGUGAAUUACGACCGGAUCGUGUAAUUGAGCAUAUUCAAGGGUUUCAUGGUUGUAGAUUGAACGAAGCGCUGAAGAUUGUUCAGAAGACAAAUCAUAAAGAUGCUGAAGCAGUAAUGUUAGAAAAAUUAGGAAAUUAUCAAGAUGCAUUUGAUAUUCUUAUAAAAGAAUUUCAAAAUCAUCUUGAAUUGUAUUGUCAAAAUAAGAGUUUAGAAAAUACAUCAAUCCAUACUGCAAUUCAGCUUGCGGGAUUGUGUAGACGGUCUGCUGGAAAUUUAGAUUGGAUGCCACUUGUGGAAAUUAUACUUCAAACACACUCGAAUAGUAAAGAUGAAAAAGUCGAAAAAUUAAGUGGAAAGUUGUUGAGAAUUACAUUAGAAUUUCUUAGUGGUACAACAGCGUUGUCAACUGUAUUAGAACAAAUACUGAAACAUCCAUUAGCAACAAGUGGAACGAUAGGUGAUAUCAGACAAUUAUUAUCCGGAGUACUUACGCAUUCUCGUUACGAACAAACCUUAGUCGAAACUACAGCACGUUUGGUCAGUCUGGAACUUCAUAAAGCAUUAAAAAAAUCACUAAGGAACGCGGGUAGAGCGUGUGCCAGUGCAUCAAUAAUUUGUGCAAUAUGUAGACAAUUGUUAUCACAAUGUACAGACUAUAUAAUAGUUUUCAGUUGUGGUCAUGGAUUUCAUUCUGAAUGUUUGGAAGAACCUAAAUGUUGUUAUAAAUGUUUGAAUACAAAAGGAUGGGCAUCACUUGUUACGAAUACUGUAUAUACUACUAAAUCAUUCCAUGAAACUAAACAAAUUCUGCCCCCAGAAUUUAUGCGUAAUAAAGAUCUUUCUUUAAGACUUGCACCACCUACUUCUUUACCAGAUCUUGAGGGUAUUUUUUAAUCUAGUCUUCAAAUAUCAAAAUUCGGCAACACACUUUUAAAUGGUGUGCAGCAUUUUGAUAGUAGAAAUGAUGCGAUGUCGUAUACGUGUACAUUACAUUAGAUCUCGUUUUCAUUCCAUCAACAUCACAUUAUUUUCUUUCCAUAUUUCACGUAGAAGAUAUUAUUUUAACAAUGUUCCCUUAUUACUCACUUUUAUUACUAUAUAUGUAUAUAUAUAUACACAUACCAUUUUAUUAUAUUUUUUCCAAAUAUUUCAUGCUCAUUAUUUAAGUCAUUUCUCUGUUCAACAGGAUUCAAUUUAUCAUAUGUUUGUACAUUGUAAAUUAAUAUUAUGUCUAAUAUCAUUAAGGAUUUAAAUACUAUUAUCAAUGUAAAUUCUAUUUGCCCAAUGUGCAGCACGUUGCCAAAUAUCAUUCAUUAAGCCAAUAAAGAUCUUAAUUAAAUAAA